UUUCACUUUUCAUCGUAUCCUCCCCUCGCAAAAUUGCCAUCCUAAGGAGCCCAACACGGGCAUUCGCCCCCGACAAAACUAGUCCCGCUCCGGCCUCCGGUGCUCCCAGCUCCAGGAACCAAGCUCUUCCCCUCCUACGAAUUACGAUUCUCUCACUCUACCCAUUACCUUCCUUCCUUUCUCGAUUAGGGUUCCAAUUCUGAACCUCUUCCGGCCUUCUGGUUCAUCCGCUCAGUGCUCUAUUUCAGUUCCCGCAUUUGGGUUUCCAUUCUAGUUCCAAGGAUGGAGAUGGAGACCUCCAAAGACGGCGAUGCGCCGGUUGUGUUUCUCGACAGAACUGCUCGAGCUACCAGAGGCAAGAGGAUGACGAAACUACUUGACGAUGAAGCGGAAGAAGACGAAUUGUUCUGGAACCAGGACGCUCUCAAAGAGGAUGAAAAUGAUGACAAUUAUCAACAAGAGGCAGAGGCUCCGGAUGAGUUUGAUAGCGAUUUUGAUGACGAUGAGUCUGAGCCGGACGAUGAAGCAGAAAACGAGGCAAUGGAAAGGAGGCCACCAAAGAAGCGACUUAUAUUUCCUGGGAAGACUCUGCCAAAGAAGAAAAAGAAGAAGAAAGAUCUCUCAAAGCUGGAUGACGAGGCUGACCAGGAUGAAAAACCACCUGAGCAGUCUACCACGCCCGAGCACCAUGAUGUACCUGAUGAGGUUGAAGGCGAGAGGGUUGUUAGGAAGUCAACGAGAACCUCGGUUAUUGUUAGACAAGCCGAGAGAGAUGCAAUACGUGCUGCCUUGGAAGCAACUAUGAAGGUUGGUCCUUGUUUAUGUAAGUUGUCGUUCUGUAAUGUGGUGCAAAGGAGGCCAAUAAAACGAAAAAAGGAAGGGGAAGAGAAAAAAAUGACACAAGAAGAAAUGCUUCUUGAAGCAGCCCAAACAGAGAUCAUGAAUUUGAGGAACUUAGAGCGUGUUUUAGCAAGGGAGGAAGAAGUCAAGAAAAGGGCUGUCGUGCACAAAGCAGUAUAUAGUGGCCCACAGAUUCGCUUUUCUUCCAAAAAUGGCAAGCAUACAUACGUUAAGCUGCACCAUCGGUGUUCAUAUCUUGAAUUCAGAGGACUCUCAUUUCAUUCCCAACUGACAACAGCUCCUAUGCAAUAUCCAGAGAAGGCUGCCUGUGUUGUAACAGGAUUGCCUGCCAAGUACCGGGAUCCAAAGACAGGGCAACCUUAUGCAACGAUUGAAGCUUUCAGAAUUAUUCGCCAACGUUUUGAGGAAGAGAAUGAGAAUGCUCUCGACAAGGAGAUGGACAUGGGAGCUCUGUUUGAUGCACUAAAGGGGAAAGGAUUCUCAGUCCGGAGGAGCCGAUCUCCGGUGUUGGCCAUAAAGAAGAUGACAAACUUCUCAUAUCUCGCUAUUCCUCGGAGAAUACCAACCAUUGAUUUUGAGGACUCAGAGUGAUCUUAGAACUAAGUCAGGUGAGUUCUUGUGUAAACUCUAUGGAACCUAUUCUCUACAGCUUGGUACGAAUUGCAGUGGCUUCUGUUUCCAAUAGUUACAGCUUAGGAUUGAGCUGGGAGUUCUAUAUAGGCAAGGAAAAGCGCGUGAAUCAUAUUUUAGAUUUCAUUUUUAGCAGUUUGCUGUGUAAAUUAGACGAGUUAGGAGAUAUUCAACUCGCUUGUAAGAUCAAAAUCCCACCACUCCUUGAUUCAGAAGUCGACAGUGGCAUUUUCUCUGGAUUAAGAUUUCCACCUCUCUCACUGUGUUAUUACGGACUAUAUCUUUUCUAGGACCAUAUUGGAUAUC